GGAUCAUAGAGACGUAGCCGCGCUUCCAACGGCCGGCAUGAACAGCCGGUCGGAUUGGUUAAGAAGAGUGGGCGGGGCCGAGCGAGGGCCACUUCCGGUCGCGGAAGGGAACCCGAGCGGCGUCUACGCUUUGCGCGGCUCCUCCCCCAGGUUGGGUGUCUUGACAUCGGUCACCACCACCAUGCCUGUUCAGCCUCUGCCUAAAGAGAUGGAAGGGGAAGGCGAUUCGGCCACAGAAAUGAACGGCGAGGAAGAGAGUGAGGAUGAACGCAGUGCCAGCCAGUCGGAAUCCGAAGAGGAGAGUUCAGAGAUGAACGAUGAAGACUACGAACGGCGCCGGGCAGAAUGCGUGGAUGAAAUGCUAGAUCUGGAGAAGCAGUUUUCGGAAAUCAAAGAAAAGCUUUUUAAGGAGCGUCUGAAUCAGGUGAAGGCCAAGUUGGAAGAUGUGAUGUCGGGAAAAGCCGCCGAAUACCUCAACCCCCUGGCCGUGUUGCAGAAUCACAUGCAGAUCCAGAUUGAAGUGGCUGGGAUAUAUAGAGGUUUGUGCCUGGAAGUCAUCAAGCACCGAUAUGGGUGUGAACUGCAAGGAGCUCAACAACAUCUGGAGAGCGAGAAAUUGCUGCUGUUCGACAGCCUUGAGGAGCGUCUGCUGGAGCGCAUCCAGCGUUUGGAAGAUGACAGACACAGCGUGGGCCUCACUUCCGAGUGGUGGGACGGCAAACUUCGGCCCAAACACAGCUCCAAAGAGUGGGACUCCCUCUGGCCCAGCAAGAGGAAGAAACCGCCGUUGGUGUCUGGCCCGUACAUCGUCUACAUGCUGCACGAUAUUGACAUUAUGGAAGAUUGGACGGCCAUCAAAAAGGCAAAAGCUGCCGUGUCGCCCCCCAAGAGGAAGCUUGAAGGCCCGCUGAAGACGGACAAGCUGUCUUCUCCGCCCCUCUUUGCCGCCCACUGUGAGGAUGGCCACCUGCACUACGAGGGCGAGGUCUACGUCAAAGGGGAAAGCCUCUACUUGCAAGUGGGAGACGAGACCCCUGUCCAGGCAGUGAUCACCUCCAUCAGCACCGGGGAAGUUUGGCUGCGCCGGGAAGAUGCUAGCAAAACCAAGAUCUACGUUUCCCAGCUCCAGAAAGGCAAAUAUUCCGUCCACAAGGCUUAAGAGCAUCCUGUGCGGUGUGUGUGUGGGGGAGAGCCAGGGGGGCUUUGGUAGCCCACCUCUUCCAAAAUCACUCUGGAUUUUUUCCUGGAAACGGAAGAGACCCGUGCCGCUGCGAGCAGCUUCUCCAAGCAAGACUGUUCAGGCUGAGACUGCAAAACGGUGACACCAGGUGACCCCCCCCCCACCCAGCAUUCUGGUACCAGAUUGACAGUAGACAAUUCUGAAGUUUUGUGUUGUUGAUUUUUUUCUUCCCUGUGUUUUUAAGCGUGCAACUCCUUCCAAAAAAAGGGAGAAGGGAAGCUGGUAAAAAGGGGGGGUGGAAGAAAUCCCGCCUGGCCGAAAUUCACAAAUAAAAAAGCACCAAAGUUGAA